AUGUCUGUUGCUCAAAACCACUACGUUAUCAAGCUCCCGGUGACGCCCUCGAGGACUAGAUCCAUAGAGCCUCGUGCAAUUUCCCAGCAAUGGAUAGCGAAUCUGGAUGUCCUUCUUAGCAAGGGUGAUCUCUCGCAGCUCCCGGAGCUCUUCCACAAAGAGUCCUGGUGGCGACACAUGUUAGCCUUAGACUCGGACCUUCGUACGAUUCAGAACUGCAAGGAUAUUCGAGAGUAUCUUCGCCGUCAGCAACCACGAGCCCAGCUUUCGGCCUUUCGACUGCAACAUGAGGGCAAGUUCCAACCCUCAUUGAAGAAGCCGGUGGAAGGUACAAGCUGGGUAUCUUCCAUGUUCUUCUUUGAGACUCGUGUCGGACGCGGAACCGGCGUUCUUGGUCUAACUCAAAAUGACGCCGGAACAUGGAAAGCAUACUCAGUCUAUACUUCGCUACAGGAAUUUAAAGAUUUCGAAGAAUCUCUCGGUCAAGCUGGUCUUAAUAUGGGUGCUCGGCUCCAAUCUCUCUGUCUGUCAUGCCUGAUAGUCGACCGAAACGAAAGAAUUGGCGACAACUGGAGGAAGCGCUACAUAACCCACGAUCCGGCAGAAUUCACGCACAUGGCAUAUCUUCCAUUCCCAAAUAAUUGGCCUCAAUUUACUCCAAAGGACAAGCUCGGCGAUUGGUUUGAGGCAUAUGCCAGUAUCAUGGAAUUGAACGUGUGGCUCCAGACUAGUAUCAAAUCUGCGGUAUAUGAUGAUGCAAACGCGCAAUGGACAGUGACUGUAACCCAAGGCGAUGGUCCCGAACGAAACCUCCAUCCACGCCAUCUCAUAUGGUGCACUGGUUACUCCGGUGAACCUCUGGUCCCCACUUUUCUCGGACAAUCACAAUUUAAGGGACAAUUAUACCACGGUAGCCAGCACGACGAUGCAUCCCAGCAUGAUAUGAGAGGGAAGAAGGUAGUCGUGGUUGGUACCGGAAACAGUGGGCACGGCAUUGCUCAGAACUUCUACGAGAACGGCGCCCAAGUGACCAUGCUCCAGAGAAGAAGAACAUACGUCAUCACUGCGGAAAAGGGAGUCUUCAUGAUACACGAAGGCCCACGAAGACAACGGGUAGCCGCCAACAGAAGAAGCAGACAUCAUAUCAGAGAGCUUGCCCUACCCAGUUCAAUUCGCGCUCAACGUCCACUUCACAAAGAGGGCAUAUACCGCAGAAAAGGCAUCCUAGAAGGUCUCCAAAAAGCAGGUUUCGAGCUCGACUUCGGCAUUGACGGCGCUGGCAUCUCCCGCGCAUACAUGACACGAGGUGGAGGGUACUACGUCGACGUCGGUUGCAGUCCACUCAUCGCCGACGGCAAAAUCAGAAUCAAGCGCAGUCCAGAGGGAAUAUCGAGUUUCAAUGAGCAUAACCUAAUCCUGAAAGAUGGCACAGCCCUCGAAGCCGACAUCGUCGUCCUCGCUACGGGGUACGACAACAUGCGAACCACCGUCCGCAAGAUCUUAGGCGAUAAAGUCGCAGACCGGUGCAGGGACGUCUGGGACUUGGAUGAGGAGGGCGAAGUCAAUGCGGUGCAUUCCAGGCCUCUCAAAUCUCCUAUGCUCAGCCGACAGGUUACCAAUCAAUCAUAUGUGAGGAUACUGGCAGACAUGCAGAUGUGGCGACCCAGCGGCCACCCGGGCUUUUAG